CUUGGGAAUUGGUACUACAAAACCCACCAAAGGAGAAAUCUUGAAAAAGGUUUAAAUGAUCUUCCUGGGAGUAUUUUAUUCGAUUUGUCCAUUUUAAAAUUUCGCGGUUUUUAUGAGAAUGAGAGAGUUUUUGAAAAUGGCUACUUUGCUACGACAUAACAACAAAGAUGGAUCAAUGAAAAAGAGAGAGAAAAGACAACCAGCUGAUGGCACAAUUAUUAUUGUGAUAUUAAUCGAACGAAUCGUGAAAUUAAUUAUCAUGGCAUCAGCAACUGAGGCAUCAACAGCAACGUUGUCAUCUGGAAUAUUUGAAAGCCUUGGUACUAUUGAAUCAUUAAACAAUGGAAUGCCAAAAUUUCGUCUUGGUGAACCAGCAUUUUCAAUGGAUCACAUGUCACCAUCAUAUUUAAGUAGUAGUAAUGUAAAUUGUGAUGAUCAAGAAACAUCAUCAUCAUCAUCCUUUGUUGUAUUGGGAAAAAGUUCAAUGGAAUAUGAAGCUGCAUCAUUGGCUGAUUAUCAAAAAAUUCAACAAAAAAGUAUGGCUAUUGAUUGUCCAUCAUCUUUAUUGUCAACAAUGACUCAUUUGGAAAUUGAAAAUAAAGUUACUGAAUUAAUGCAAGAAAAUUUAAAAUUAAAAGAAACACUUUUACAAAAUAAUGUCAAAAUGAAACAACAAUUUAAUACACUUGUUAGUUGGCAAGAUGAGUUGAAAAGUCUCACUGAAAAUCACAAAAAAAAAUUUACCGAAAAUCGUAAUAUCAUUGAAUUAUUAAAAAAUGAAAAUGCUGAUUUACGAAUAAAAAUUUUAAAAAUUGAUCCACCAAAAUGUGAAUCAUCACUUGAAGAAAAAACAAGUAUGAUUAGUAGUGAAUCAGUAAAUAUAUCUUUACCAAUUGAAAGUAUUAAAUAUGAUGAUGAUGAUGAUGAUGAAUUAAAAAAUAAAAGUUAUCAAAGAGACAUUCACUAUCUUCAAGAAAUCAAUGAAUCAUUAAAAAAACAAUUAGCAAUAUUGUCUGAUAAAUUAUUAACAGAUCCACCACUUGAAAUAAAUCAUGAAAAUUUAACAGACACUGAACACUAUCAACGAUACAUAAGUAAUUUAAAUAAUUAUCAAAAAAUGAUUGAUAGUCUUGGUAAAUCAUAUGCCAUACAAACAUCAAGAUAUGUUGACAUACAAAAUUCAUUAAAACAAGCGAUAGACUCAUUGGAAUAUUGUGAUGCCAUUAGGAGAUCAACACUCGAUGAAAAAAUGCAAUCAACACUAAAAAUAUUACAAGACUCUCGAAGUCAAUUAAUUAAUGAACAAUUAAAAAAUAUAAAAGAUCGUCAAAUAUUUAUUAAUAUUCAUAAUCAAUUUAAAAAAAUAUUAUCUGAUUAUAAUGUAGUUUUGGAUGAAUUAAAUAUACUUGGUGAUGAAAAAUCAAAAUUAAUUGAGGAACAAAUAAUAUCAAAAAUUCGUCAACAAUCAAAUGAUUUAGAGAGAGAUAAAAUUAAUAUUCAUCAAGCUAAAUGUCAAUUUGAAGAAGAAAAAAAAAUAUUUGUUGCAGAAAAACAAUUAUUUGAAUUAAACAAAGAGAGUCUAGAAGGUGAAAAAGCAUCAAUUGAUUUACAAAGUCAAUUGUAUGAAGUUGAAAUGAAAAUUCUUCAAGAUAAUGCUAAAAUUCUUGAGAAACGUCAAGAUCAUUUACAAGCUGAAAUUUCAAGUCUCAAAUUAAAUAUUCAAAUGAAAGAGCAAAAAAUUCAAAGCCAAGUUGAUGAGAUACAAUCACUUCGAGCACAAGUUGAGUGUUACAAAUGUGAUUUUGAAGACGAAACAAAAGCACGUAAAUUUUUACUACAAGAUCGUGAGAAACUUACUGCAGAAUUGGCAAAAUCAAAUGCUUAUAAACAAGAGCUAUUGCAAAAAUUAAAUGGACAAAAUUAUCAACAAGUUGCAACUGAUCGUGAUGGUAUUCCGAUUGAUAUAUUUUGUAAUGUAUGUGGAUCAUACAAGAUGCCAGGUCAAUGGCAUGGCCGAGGAUUUUGUCAACCAAGUGAUUAAUCAACAUAUUUAUGUACUUUCAUAAUUAACAUGUAUAUGCUUAUGUUAUACAAAAAAAUAAAAAAAAAAUAAAAUGUUACAAGUUAAUUAUCAAUGAUUAUUUAUUUGCACGGGGAAAAGGACAAAUUUUAUUAUUUAAACAUUCUUUACACUUUGGACCUCGAG